UAGCACAGUUUUCCGGAGAGGCUCUUUGCUUCUGCUUUAAACAUCUGGAGAGAGAACAAAGAGUGCUUGUGGGGUCUUUUGUUGCUUCUGAAAGUUGGAGCAGGGAAGAAUUACGUUCCUAGAAAUACCCAGAAUCCCAGAAAAAUCCGAGUGGAAUCAUUAAGUGUUAAACUUUAUCUUCUUUAUAAACGAAAGUGCUUUCAUUUUAUCUCUGGCUGCUCUCCUGGUAAUGGGUGUUACGUAAUAUUUACUCUCUCCUUGGGAGUUAAAUCCUUUUUCCGAUUUGUCAGUAAUAUUUGCAUAUGUAUUUCUUAGCUGCAUUGACAUGCCAGAUGCACAGUGGUAGCUGUCUCCGCCUGCUAAUCCUGUAAUAACAUUCUGGUGACCAAAUUCAAUGGCCCUGCGCGGAGCCUCGGAACAGCUGAUUGCUGAGUAGGGAGGAAAAAAAAAUAACCCAGCGAAUCUGGUUGCAGCUCUCUGCUGCAUCCCCAUCCCACAAUCCCUUGCACCAUUUGCUGCAGUCUUUCUACACAGGCUGAGUGAGAAAAGGAUGUGCUAAAUAAAGAUUGAUUGGUUUGAAUCCUGAGGGGGUCUCCCACUUGUAAAUGACCCAGGGAGAAAAAAAAAAUUCAUGACGACUUUACUGGGCCUCCUCUUAUUCUUCCAUUUUUCUUUCCACCUGUCCUCUUCAUGGAAUGGAGUGUCAUUCCUUAGAGCACAAAAUCUCUUGUGCCUCUAAUAAUGAUUGUGCUGUGAUAGGGUUUCCUUAACAGUUUCAUGAGUGAGGCUUGAAAUAUUAACAGAUGAUGGUUUGUUCGUUUGGAUUACUGCGGAACUGCAGCUCCGUCCCUGCAAGGAUUUUAUCCUCAGCACUGCACUGAUUAAGCUAUUUUUCUACAAAGAUGGCAGCGUGCAGGGUAGAAGGGAACAGGACCCAUAUGUCAGUGGUCUAGGAUGGCCAGUGAAGGCUCCAACAUCCCAAGUCCUGUGGUCCGUCAGAUUGACAAGCAGUUUCUGAUUUGCAGCAUAUGCCUGGACCGUUACAAGAACCCCAAAGUGCUUCCCUGCCUGCACACUUUCUGUGAGAGGUGUUUACAGAAUUACAUUCCAGCCCAUAGCUUAACCCUUUCUUGCCCUGUGUGUCGCCAGACCUCCAUUCUGCCAGAGAAGGGGGUUUCUGCACUCCAGAACAACUUCUUUAUUACCAACCUGAUGGAUGUCCUGCAGCGAACGCCGGACAACAGCAUUGAGGAGUCCUCCAUCUUGGAGACUGUCACUGCUGUUGCUGCAGGCAAACCGCUCUCCUGCCCCAAUCAUGAUGGAAAUGUGAUGGAGUUUUACUGCCAGUCCUGUGAGACAGCCAUGUGCCGGGAGUGCACAGAGGGAGAACACGCAGAGCAUCCCACGGUACCACUCAAGGAUGUGGUGGAGCAACACAAGGCUUCCCUCCAAGUCCAAUUGGAUGCUGUCAACAAAAGGCUUCCGGAGAUUGACUCAGCACUUCAUUUUAUAUCUGAAAUCAUACACCAGUUAACCAACCAAAAGGCUAGCAUCGUAGAUGACAUUCAUUCCACUUUUGAUGAACUCCAGAAGACUUUAAAUGUGCGAAAGAGCGUGCUGCUCAUGGAACUGGAAGUGAAUUAUGGCCUUAAACACAAAGUCCUCCAGGCACAGCUGGAUACCUUAUUAGAAGGACAGGAAAGCAUUAAAAGCUGCAGCAACUUUACAGCCCAGGCCCUCAACCAUGGCACUGAAACUGAAGUGCUGCUGGUGAAGAAGCAGAUGAGUGACAAGCUGAACGAACUGGCCGAGCGGGACUUCCCGCUGCAGCCCCGUGAAAACGAUCAGUUGGACUUUAUAGUGGAGACAGAAGGCCUGAAGAAGUCCAUUCACAACCUGGGGACUAUUUUAACCACCAACGCUGUUGCCUCUGAAACAGUCGCCACCGGUGAGGGGCUGAGGCAGACAGUGAUCGGACAGCCCAUGUCUGUUACUAUCACGACCAAGGACAAGGAUGGGGAGCUCUGUAAAUCUGGGAAUGCUUACCUCACUGCUGAACUGAGCACGCCUGAUGGCAGUGUAGCAGAUGGAGAAAUACUUGACAACAAAAACGGCACUUAUGAAUUUUUGUAUACUGUUCAGAAAGAAGGGGACUUCACUUUGUCACUGAGACUUUACGAUCAACAUAUCAAGGGCAGCCCGUUCAAACUUAAAGUGGUCAGGUCAGCAGAUGUGUCUCCUACCACUGAAGGGGUUAAGAGACGUGUUAAAUCUCCAGGCAGUGGUCAUGUGAAGCAGAAAGCUGUAAAAAGACCUGCGAGCAUGUACAGCACUGGCAAAAGAAAAGAGAAUCCCAUUGAAGAUGAUCUGAUCUUCAGAAUAGGCACCAAAGGAAGAAACAAAGGGGAAUUUACAAAUCUUCAAGGUGUAGCUGCAUCUACAAAUGGAAAAAUAUUAAUAGCAGACAGUAACAACCAGUGUGUGCAGAUAUUUUCCAAUGAUGGUCAGUUCAAAAGCCGUUUUGGCAUACGAGGAAGGUCUCCUGGCCAGCUGCAGCGGCCAACAGGAGUGGCUGUGCAUCCCAGUGGUGACAUCAUUAUUGCAGACUAUGAUAACAAAUGGGUUAGCAUAUUCUCAUCAGAUGGAAAAUUUAAGGCCAAAAUUGGGUCUGGAAAGCUCAUGGGCCCUAAAGGUGUUUCAGUGGAUCGUAAUGGACACAUCAUUGUAGUGGACAAUAAAGCAUGCUGUGUCUUCAUCUUCCAGCCAAAUGGGAAAAUAGUCACCAGGUUCGGGAGCCGAGGAAAUGGUGACAAGCAGUUUGCAGGUACACUUGAUGGUCCUCAUUUUGCAGCUGUAAACAGCAACAAUGAAAUUAUCAUUACAGAUUUUCAUAACCAUUCUGUCAAGGUAUUUAACCAGGAGGGAGAAUUCAUGCUGAAGUUUGGAUCAAAUGGAGAAGGAAAUGGGCAAUUUAAUGCACCAACUGGAGUAGCAGUAGAUUCUAAUGGAAAUAUUAUCGUAGCAGAUUGGGGAAACAGCCGAAUACAGGUUUUUGAUGGAAGCGGAUCAUUUUUAUCCUACAUUAACACCUCUGCUGACCCACUUUAUGGUCCCCAAGGUCUGGCUCUUACUUCAGACGGCCACGUUGUAGUCGCAGACUCUGGAAAUCACUGCUUCAAAGUCUACCGAUACUUACAGUAGCAACGAGCUCUGGAGCUGGAUAAUCACCCACCCUUAAGAAGAGACUCGUCCUAGAGAUCCAGUGCGGGAUAUCUCCUACUUUGUGUUCGUUUUUAGUAACAAAGGGGUCUCUCACGGACUUUGUGUGAUAAUUUCCAAACUUACCUUGUUUACAUAGGACUUGCACCUCUUGUGUUUCUCACUGAACUUUUUGUUGUAAGUGUUAAUAAAAAAAACCCUCUGUAACUGAAUUCGUAAAGACAAUGUGAAAUUAAACACAAACUGCAACCUAUGAAACUGGAAUUAAUUAAUAAGGCAAAAAUGAGAAAAGUUUGGGAAAAGUCCCCAAAGCUUUUUGAUGACUGCGAAGGAUAGCUCCUGCUCAGAGCUUCCAAAUUUAAAGAAGUAUCAUUCUUACACGUUAUUUAACCCGGAGGUGAUCCUGGGAAUCUUCUAGAUCUCAUUAUCAUGGUAGGUAUUACACUUUUAACAUUCUUCAGUCUUACUGUGUAUAACAAGUAGGUCCUUUUAGUAUAAGGUUAAGUCUCACAAAAUCCGUCUAGCUCUAACCGUCAGACCUGACACAGCUCAGUGUUUAGCACUAUGAGAAUCAAUGCAAAUUCCCUACUCAUGUGGAGUUAAUGAAGGAAUGUUUCGUGCGGCCGUUUUCCACUCUUCCUUUUGCUCAAUGUGCAGGAAGGACUUUGCAGAGACCUGACAUUUCUAGAGCGCUGGAAAAACUUAAUUGUAGCGAUACAUCAGUGGGAGCGGAAUUUCUGUAUAACCACAGACCUUUUGACACCAAACUAGUUCAUUAGGAUCAGGGUUAUUACAAUGUCAAGUCAAUUAACCUCAUGUGUGCCACUCUUUCGUACGUGUUCAUUGCCAUGUUUCCUUACGGCAACUCAUUGUAUUAACCUAUAAAAUAAAAUGCAGCUUCACACAGGACAGAAAGCCAGAGAAGUACCCCUGUGGAGGACCUACAUUAUACAACCAAAGGAACUGUGGUAAACAGAGGUUGUAUAGGAAAGCCAAGGGUUACCAAAGCUAUUUGUUUUUAUGUGAGAAAAAAUAUGUUACAAAUAAAAAUGAAUUUGAACCAAUUCCUGAAGUCCUUCAUCAAAGGGAAUUUUGUUAGAGGACAAAACAAGGACUGUGAGAUUUGUUCCAAUUUGUUUGUAUGUAUGUAUGUAUGUAUGUAUGACUGAUUGACAUAAAAAUAAUAAAAAAGUAAAUGUGGGUUAUUUCAGCAAACUGGAACGUAUGUAUGACAUUUGACAAUGGCAGUAGUCCGAAAAAUUACCUUUCUUCCUCUGCCAGAUCUCUCUACUGUGUUCUUUGUUGAAGUAUUAAUUUAACUGGAAAUACUUACACGCAUGGUUCUGUUUUUAAUGUUUGGUUUAUUGGGGGUUUUUUAAGUACGAACUUGUCCUUUCUAAAGUAGCAUUGGCUUUAUUCUUAUUUCUAUAUCCAGUGGUCAAAGGUUGAAUUGCUACUGUAGCCUGAUAUAGAUGGAGUGGUGCUCCCUUUUAAGUGUUGUUUGAGGAGCUGUGAGCUUGCUGCCAAUGCCUACAAUAGCCUGGGAAGUGCUGUCUUUCUUUUCUCAUUUUUAGGGCCUUGAAACAAAAGGGCGUUGGGUGAGGAACGAGGGAGUAUUUUAAGCAUGUUUGCAAAAUGGAAAGAAAUCUUUGAUAAAAUUUAUUGUUAUAAGUAUUUGUCUUAUUUCUAAAAUGUUAAGGUGGUCGUUUCCAUGAAUUUGAGGAAGACUAAUGGUUUUUUUGUAAAGUUGCAUUUGACUUGUAAAAGUGCAGACCCCAAGGUUCUUAAAUGAGGGGUUUGUCUGGUUUUUAAUUACUGUUUCCUAAAGAUAUUUCCUCUUCUUUCCUUUGUUUAUUUUUUGCACAUAGAACCAAUUUACAAUUUCUCGUGCAAAUAUAAGUUUCCUUAUUUCAUAGGAAUAAAUAUUUCAUGCAUGAAGCUUAAGGACUGUAUAAUGAAGCUAAGAAACUGGUGGUAACAUUUAUGAAUAUUAAAACUCAAGUUUGUUAUUACUAAGAGAACAAACUAUCCUCUGCUUGAACUGAGUCUGUCCUAAAAUUCUGAAGAUGGUAUCUCAGUCAUUACAAAUAAACUGUCCUAUCAAAAUUUAACAAAGCUGUAGAUCAAAUUUCAUUCUAAGUGUCCUUAUAACACUUUCUGACACUAGAAGACCCUUAAAUGGCACAUCAGUGAAAAAAAGGCAUUUGAACUGUAUUUAAUAAUAAAGAGAUGGGGUAGCACAGAUUGAGAUAUUUUUAAAAAAAAAAUCUGCUGUGGCUAUCAGUUAAUCAUAUUUAAUUCCUGAUACGGAUUUUUAGAACACAAUUUUAGUAAGCUUGCACGUUUACCCCUCAGAAAACUUCGCCAAAUUCUCUGUUGUCAGGAACUUUGAGAAGCAUGAAAAUCAGAUCCUAACCCAUAUAUCAAAAAAGAUACUUAAGACUGUGAUAUUUCAUGUGUACACUUUCCUUCAGAAGCUUUUCAGCCCUUUGGUCCAGCACUGUUUACCAGGAUUUUAGAUAACCCUUGUGAACCCAGUGCAUCCUGAUGAAAUAGUGAAUUCUGCACAUAACCCCCCUCAAAACCCAGCUCAAAGCUAUUAGGGGCUUCGUGGACUUUUUCGUAAAAUUGAGUACUCUUUUGGAUUUUCAGACAUUAUCAGCAGAGCAGCACCUAAAGAAUUUCACUAAUUUGAAGUUACUUCUGAUAGCAAAUGCUGUCAACUUCAAUUUCAAGUUUAGUGGCAUAGGGCAUUCCCUUCCAAGAUCUGACCUUAUCUGCCUGGCACUGGGAAACUGAGAAACACAGUGGUUUUACGGUGUGCUUCAGAAGCCAACUUCGCUAAAAAGCUUGGCUUAUAAACCUUACAAAGAGCAACCAAAGCAGAAAUUCUGCAUUUAAAAGCUGUCAGACUCUUUUUCUCAUCCAAUUAAGGGAAGGUCAGAAUUGCACUACAUGAUUUGCUGAGUUGUUAGCAUUUAUUAAAGGCUUUAUAGGCAUGCUGCUGCCAGAUUUCAGGUAUAACCAAAUGUCCCCUUGACUUCCCUGGAAUGCUAAUUGACUAGCAGCACAGCAUGAAUGGUGAAAGUAUGUGCUUCAUUUAACUAAUCUUCAACUCAAAAGUAAUCUCAAAAAGUUAUUAGAUCUUGUGUCAUAUGGAGCAUUUUAGGACAAACUAGCCAACUGUAUUUUCAUUUUUUUGUGAAUAGGAAAAAAAGAUCUGUUCAGAUAAAUCCAAUAUAAACAACAGGAGAGUUUUACAUAGGCUAAACCAGCAACAUUGAAUUGAAAAAUAAAAGGAAAAUGGUUUAGGCAAGCAUUUGCCUCAUGAAGAUGGAGUGUUAUUUACUAGUAAAUGCUCAUCUGUUCUGUAAAAGCUAGAGGGCUUUUAAUUUUAUGUUAAUAUUUUUUAUAUAAGGAUCUAGUGUUGCCAUAAUGAGAACUCUAAGUGCCCAAUAUGUUGUGUUUGUUAUAAAGAAAUGACUUUCAGUUGUGGGAGACAGCUUGUUGUGAAAUCAUGAUGUAAAGUCAAACUUUUCUUCAAGAAAUGUGAGCAGUGAUUAUUUGACCUGUUUGUGGAAAGUGUACAAAAGGUAUUUGUGCUAUGGAGUGAGAAGGUUCCUAACCUUCAUUAGGAAGGUGGUUUUAUUUCUGACGAAUGUACAGCACUUCAGUUGAUGUUUGUGAGCAACACAGCCUUAACCCUGUCACUUUUCCUUUGGCUUUAUGACAUGUUCCCUAAGUUGUGUAUAGCAGCAGCCCCGAUAGAAAUCUCUACCAGUUGAUAUGCUGCAGCUUUCCAGUUCUAGAGUGUUUCCAGUUCUUUUUCUCAUGUUUUUUUAAAAGUUUUUGUACAUUCCAUCUUUGUAAGUCAAUAUAUGUUUUGUGUAAGUGUAAGCCUUGCACCCUCUCAGCACUCAUAAUGAAAUAUUAUUCUCACUUGUUUUUUUGUUGUCAAUGAUGAUGUUUUUGUUGUUUUGGUUUUUUUUAAAUCCCUAUGAGGCUAAAUACAGAUUUUUUUUUCCUUAAGGUCAAGGAUGAAAGAUGCACAUCAAAGUGUUUGUGUGAGUGUGUGUGUGCGUGUGCGUGUGUGCGUGCGUGUGUGCGGUAGUUUUAGCUUCCUGUGUGCCAUGGUAUUCAUAAUGCUUUAGCUGACAAAAAAAAAAUUUACUCUGUCUUGAAAAUGUAGGAAAACCAGAGUCAAAUGUGUACCUUUACCACGCACAAAAAUUUCAAAUAAUAAAAAUAAAGCUUGUUUCCUCUGUUA